GGGUAUGCCUCUUCCACGGAAGCUGAGCCCGAGGGACUAUGACGAAAUAGCGAUGGGCCGGUAGCGUUUCCGCUCGCGUUAUGCGUGCCCGGUAACAAGGCGGCUUCGCGACCGCAGCUCGGCGUCGUCCCAAGGGGACAGCGGACCGCUGAAAGCAACACGGCUGCGAGUUCGUUCUGCGUUUAUGCCUCUUUGCCUCCAAGCACGCCUCUCGGCUAAUACCCGGGCUCCCAGAGAGAAGAAAAGGAAACUCCGGCGUUCGUGCCACCUCUGGCUUGCGGCCAGCGGAGCUCGGAGUGAUGUCGCACCUCCUUAACCGAAGUUUCAGAGCGCAUCGUCGCACGCACAGCACCCCUCCUGGUGGCGCGGCGACCGACAGGAGCCCCAGGAACGCCCUUCCCGCGUCGAGGGCUGCUCUGACCGAUGUUCCUGAACACGAAGAACUGCGCAGUGGCGGCAGGAGGCAAAGCUCGUGCGGCCUCGCGUCUGCCGCUUCUAUGACGCCGGGUCCAGCGCCGGAAACGAAGGUCUCCCUCAACAAGUACGCGGCGCUGAAUGCUGCGGGAGGUGUGCUGCCCAAAAACCGUGAUUGGCUGCGAUUGCAGCACACAAUCCGAAGUCUAUUCAAGACCAAGGACUUUCGCUUAGAACCCGGAGAAAUGGCCAUACUGCACGAGAAAAUACGGACGCUGGGAAGCUCGAAGGCAGGGCCAUUCCUGUUCGACUCGUUCAAGCGCGAAAUUGAAAUCUGCCUCACCGCUCUGCUGCAAAAACUGCAAGCUGUGCCAAGAGAGAAACUGCUGGAAGUGCUUUCCUCCGAAUGGGAAAACUUGUUUCGACACGUCCUGCCCACCCUUGACAUGAUCUUGUACGUCGUCAAGGGUAAGGGCUCAACAACCGUGAGACAAGCCUUUCUUGUGGUGUUCCGAGACGCAGUGGUGACAAAGCUGGACCUUGAAGAUCUCAUCAACGAGAACACUCGCCAUCUCGUCCCCGAUGGAAUCCGGCACAUGCUUCUUAUUCUUUACAAUGUCAGCGACACUUAUCCGCCAACAAAGACCAAACUGAAGCUUGAAGUACUUCUGGCACGGCUUCUGGAUCCCUUCUUGGGAUUUCAAGGCUUUUAUGAAGGCAAGCCUGAGCCCACGGUAAAGUCUGCAGAGCCUGAAGUCGCCGCACGCCGAAAGUCAGCAGGCACGCUUCCGCAUGGAGUACCGCUACCAAGGAAGCUGUCCCGACCGAUGAGCUCCCAGCCUCGCCAGAUCGAAACACUGCAUGAGCUUUUUCUCACAGCUCUGCGGAAGCAGCCAGAUUUUUAGUUGUUACACAUGUCAUACAUUUAUCUUGUAUAUACUGCAUCGUCAAUGCAAAGGACACGGGCUUCAAUAAAUUAUUGCGAGGUUUC